AUGCGACGCGCGCUCGUCUUCCUCCUCGGCGCCCUCGGCGCCCGCGACGCUCUCGGUCUAUUCGGACCGAAGCCGUGGGCCCGGGGCGCCGCCAGCUCUCGCGCGGCCGUCGUCGCCUCGACCAUAGCCGGGCGCGUCGCGCGGCGCGCGCGACUCACUGGUCAACACGCAGGCUACCUCGAGUGGAGUGCGGUCAACCGUUUUGACCGGUGCCUAUCCUGCGAUUUACUCGAAUUCACACCUCGUCCGCACGCAGGCUACUUCUCCGACGUCAACAACCAGGACGCGAAGCUGGCCCGCGACGGGGACUUCGCCAAGGCCGAGUCCAUCGCGUUCAUGGACGAGGCCAUCGAUGGCGAGCUCAAGCUCUUCUCGGUCGCCGAUCGCGAGUAG